CCACCUCCUGUUGGAAUCUGGGGGAGAUUAAAACUUUCUGGAGUUUGUUUUAGUGUUUUUGUUUUCCUUGCGAGGAGCUUGUUUUUUUGGGGAUGCGGAUGAGGCAGUCGGCUUCUCUGGAUCGAAUGGGGAUGAGGAGAACAGGAAAGUUUGUGGAAAUGGCAAGAAAAAGUACUUUUCAACAUCUGGAGGGGAGAAUGACACACUUGGCCCAUAGCUGUUUUGUGGUGCUUUUAGUGCUUUGUGUGAGCUGUGGAAGUGCCCAGGACCUGAAUCCCAGAGGAAGGAAUGUAUGCAAAUCACCAGGCUCAUCAAGUUUUGUAUGCUGUCCAGGAUGGAAACAGCAGGGGGAGGAAUGCUUAGUUGCUAUAUGUGAAGGCAACUUUACGUGUAAGGAAAAUGAAGUCUGCGUUCGUCCCAAUGAAUGUCGAUGUCGGCAUGGAUACUUUGGUGCAAAUUGUGAAACAAAAUGCCCUAAACAGUUUUGGGGUCCAGACUGCAAAGAAAAGUGUGCCUGUCAUCCUAAUGGCCAUUGUGAUGAUGUUGUUGGCCAAUGCACUUGCAAUGCAAACCGCUGGGGACCCAACUGUGAAAAUGCAUGUCUCUGCAAACAUGGCAAAUGUGACCAGGACACUGGGAAAUGUACCUGUGAACCCAACUGGUGGGGUCCUCAAUGUUCAAAUGGCUGUUACUGCAGCACCAACUCACAGUGCGACCAGGCCACUGGCCGGUGUAUUUGUCAGCCUGGAUGGUGGGCCCGAAGCUGUAACAACCAGUGUUCAUGCAACAAUUCACCCUGUGAACAAAUGACUGGCCGUUGUCUUUGUCGAGAGAGGUUAUGGGGACCUCGCUGCGAUAGAGUUUGCCAGUGUUUCAAAGGAAAGUGCAACCAAGCUGAUGGAACUUGUACAUGUGAGCCGGGUUACAGGGGCAAAUAUUGUAGAGAGCCCUGUCCUGCAGGACUCUAUGGACAGGGUUGUAGAAGACGAUGUGGCCAGUGUAAGGAACAGCAGCCUUGCACAAUUGCAGAAGGACGAUGUAUUGCUUGUGAACCUGGAUGGAAUGGAACUAAGUGUGACCAAGUGUGCUCACAUGGUUUUUAUGGAGAAGCUUGUGAGAAAGUGUGUCCACCAUGCAAAGAUGGACACACCUGCAACCACAUUAAUGGGAAGUGCUCUCAUUGCAACGCUGGCUGGAUAGGCGAUCGGUGUGAGACAAAGUGUCGCAAUGGUACAUAUGGAGAGAACUGUGCGUUUGUUUGCACCGACUGCUAUAAUGGUGAAUGCCAUUUUGAGACUGGGAAGUGUCUCUGCAGUGCAGGUUCCUACGGACCAUACUGCAACAUGACAUGUCCUCCUGGCCAGUUUGGCGUUAACUGUGACGAGUAUUGCAGCUGUCACGAUAACAAGUGUGAUCCAGUCAGUGGUGCCUGCUAUAUGGAAGCAAAUCAGCGCAUGGGUGUAAUAGGAGCUGGAGCUCUCGUGGCCUUACUUCUUGUUCUUCUUCUAUCCUUACUUUGUUGCUGCUGUGUUUGCCGCAAGAAAGAUGACUCACCUGAAGGAGCACAAGACCAAAUAAAUAAGAAAACUCCCCGACGUUUUUGUGGACGGUUUAGCAGAAUCAGCACUAAGUUGCCUCGAAUUCCUUUGCGCAGACAGAAGCUGCCAAAAGUUGUGGUGGCCCAUCAUGACAUGGAGAAUACAUUUAACUGCAGCUUCAUUGAGCCUCCAUCUGCUACAGAACAGCCAUCUCCAUCAUGGUCUUCUCGUGGUUCCUUCUCAUCAUUUGAUACAACUGACGAUGGCCCAGUUUAUUGUGUACCACAUGAAGAAUCUGUGACAGAUUGUAAAGAGAAAGGAAAUGCAAGUGCUCUUGAAAAGAUGAGUCAUCCAAUUAAUGAAGAGGAAGCUGGGGAAUACACAUACUUAAAAGAGUCGGGGUCACCUAAAUCAUUUCAAGUUGACAACAGUGAAACCCCAUUGUUGAAAUCCUCAGAUAGUGAAAGGUCAUCAUGUGGCUCUGGGUCAACUGGGGGUGCUCUUUAUGCGAAAGUUGCGAGAUUGUCCAAGCAGUCUAAGGAUGAAGAUGAUACAUUGUUGGAUAAUAAAAGUGCUACAAUUAGUGGGAAACCUCCAUCUCCAGAAAGAAUAAAACCGCCUCCACCUGAUCCAUCUACUAAGCCUAAAGUUUCCUGGAUUCAUGGGAAGUAUAAUGCAAACCAGUCCAACUCUUUACCAACUUCCAGUAGGCCUAAUGACAAGACAACUGGCCAAUGUGAACAAUCAGAGCUGAGUCAAAGUACUAAAGAUCAUCACAGAAAAAGAACCCCUAGUGACACAUGCCCUGCUGGCCAUGGCAAAAAGGAAGAUAAGAUUAUUUUAAGAAAUAAGGAAAAAGGACACAAGCAAACCAAGGAUGGAAGUGCUACAGAUUCCAGGUCAUCUGAAGAACCCCAAUCUCCAUCCAAAACAAAACAUAGGAACAAAUCAAGUCAUGAUAACAUAGAAAACAUUAAUGGGACAGUUCAGAAUGCUUUAAAAAAGAUAGGGAACCUUCAUAUUGACAAAAAGAGUGCUGAUGUAAAAGAGGUUCCAAAAAGCCCUGAUCAUAGCAAGUCUCGCGCUGAAGUUUUUCACCCACAUUUGUCAUCUGAGGCCGCUUCACAACUAGCUGCGCAGCUAAAAGAAAAAACUCAGAGUCUCAACAGGAUUGAGAGCAGCACCACUCAAAAUGGUGUUGGGCUGCUGAAAGCACAGAAAGAUAAACCAACUCCUCCCCAAAAAGCCAAGCGAUCUACAGCUAGCAUAAACCAAAAAUCCAGUAAGCCUGUUCUUCCAACAUCAACUAAUUUACAAAAAAUGAUUAGCCCUGUUUCAGAGACAGUCCCCACCAAUGCAAACACUAUUGAAAAACAAAACUCAAACAGUAACCAGGAACAGGUUACAAGUGUAAAGCAGGAGGCGGUAGAACCAACAAUUAAAAAAACACCCAUUAAGAAGCCUCCUCGUAAGAAAAGCAAAGAUGCCACUUUGGACUCUGAUGGAAAAUCUCAGCCGAAAAUGGCAAUUAUGCCCCCUCAAUCUGUUAAAUAAUCGUAGCAGAUUUGCACAUCUGUGUUAUUGCUGAAAAGGGCAUUACGUUGGAUUCAGAUGACUUCUGCAAUAUACAUUGAUGUAUUUUGCUUUAGCCAUGCCGUGAGCCAAAUAACUGAAUAUUGUCCUUUAAAAUAUUCAUUGACAAUGGGACAUGGAAACCAACUUUUUAGAAUUCAGUGUGCAGAGACAAGAGGGAUCGGUCACUGGACUGAUGGCCUCUCUCCAUUAAUUUAACUAGGAGUAGAUAACCAUCUACUUGGGAAUCAUCAUUUCUAUGGAAAUCUGGACAAUGCUGAGAGAGGAAAUAUUAGGAGCAUUAGAACUUCUACAA